GGUCCUGUUUCUUCAAGUGUGAGCGAGGGGACACCGGCGGGUUCCCCUUGUGACAGGAAUAGCGCCAUGAUUUCAUGAAUGAGGGACUCGCAACCGGGAGGGUUCACAUUUGUCACGGCGGGCUGACAAACACCAAUGAGAAUAAGGCUGUCGGACGUACGCGUGUUGGUGGAAAGAGCAUCAAAAGUGGGAGCUUCCGCGUUUACUGAAGUGAAGCAUUGGAGGGACAGCAGCAGAGGCAGCGUCAUCAGGUCUUCCAACUUGGGGAGGGCCAUGGAGUUUAAAAUGGUGUGAAUAUGAUAGCCACUUCUCCCCAUUGGUGUGUCUUAUGCAAGGGGGAGAUCUGUCUGACGCGGCCAGGUUCUAAUCUGACCAAAGGGCCGUGUAAAUCAAACGCAGCGGUACCGGUAACAAGUUCCUUUCUGGGGGGGAGUUUCUCCGGGAAUCUGUAUGAGAAAGGACACUUGAGAGGUGAGUGGCGAGCCUCGGGAGGGGUGAAAAGAUGACCGUGGUGUCCCAGGAGAACCGCGACGAGACCGUGGUGGUCGGCCCCUUAUUGCCAGAUGAGUCGGAGGAGGAGGAGUGCAGCGAGAGGGUGGUCAUCAACAUCUCGGGCCUGCGCUUUGAAACCCAACUGAAGACCCUCUCGCGCUUCCCCACCACGCUCCUGGGGGACCCUCGCAAAAGGAUUCGCUUCUUCGACCCUCUGAGGAACGAGUACUUCUUCGACAGGAACCGGCCCAGCUUCGAUGCCAUCCUGUACUACUACCAGUCCGGGGGGAGACUGCGCAGACCGGUGAGCGUCCCCGUGGAUAUUUUCCUGGAGGAGAUCAAGUUCUACGAGUUUGACGAGGAGACCAUUGAGCUUUUUCGAGAUGACGAGGGUUUGACAAGGGAGGAGGAUCGACCUUUGCCUAACAACGCGUUCCAGAGACAACUCUGGCUGCUGUUCGAGUACCCGGAAAGUUCCGGACCCGCUCGGAUCAUCGCCAUUGUCUCUGUAAUGGUUAUCCUGAUAUCCAUCAUCAUAUUCUGCUUGGAGACCUUGCCCGAGUUCCGAGAGAUCCCAGUGUCGGUGCAGGAGCUACAUGUGAAUGGUAGCGCCCAUGGGAAGGUGCGCAGUCCCUUCACAGACCCCUUCUUCAUGGUAGAAACACUUUGCAUCGUGUGGUUCUCCUUUGAGUUCACAAUGAGGUUCCUGUCCUGCCCCAGUAAGGCGGCGUUCUUCAAGAACAUCAUGAACAUCAUCGACGUGGUGGCCAUUGCGCCAUACUUCAUCACCCUGGGACUGGACCUGGCCGAGCACCAGGGCAGCAGCCAGCAGGCCGCCUCCCUCGCUAUCCUGAGGGUCAUCCGCCUGGUCCGCGUUUUUCGGAUUUUUAAGCUCUCCAGACACUCCAAGGGUCUUCAGAUCCUAGGGCAGACCCUUCACGCCAGCCUCAGGGAGCUAGGCCUCUUGAUAUUCUUCCUGAUCAUCGGGGUGGUCCUCUUCUCCAGUUCGGUGUAUUUUGCAGAAGCGGAAGAUCCCGAAUCUGGCUUUUCCAGUAUCCCCGAUGCCUUCUGGUGGGCGGUGGUGACCAUGACAACGGUGGGCUACGGAGACAUGUGCCCCUCCACCAUCGGUGGCAAAUUUGUGGGAUCGUUGUGCGCCAUCGCCGGAGUGCUCACCAUCGCUCUACCCGUGCCAGUCAUCGUGUCCAACUUCAACUACUUCUACCACCGAGAGAACGACGAGGAGGAUCGCUUGCAGUACGUGCACGUGACCUGCGGACAGCCGCAGACGUCCUCUGGGGACUUCAACUCCAGUAAAAGCGAGCAGUCCCUGUCCAAGACAGAAUCUUACCGGGAGGACGACCUGGAAAGCCUCACCCGGAUCGAGAUCUACAGCGGGAAGCUGACUGACGUAUGAGAAGUGGUAUCACGGAGUCAGGACACACAGUGACGCUUGCUGUCCCAUCAGUGGCAAUAAAAGAGACUUUUUCUUAUGAUCCAAUGAAAUCUCUUACGAGAAGAACAAUGUGGAAAAGUCGGCCUGAAUGGACUAAGAAAAACUCCUGUAUAAGAUUGUUGUACAUAUUUUCUACUGUUUUAGCGCAGCCAACUAGAAACAAACAAGAACUCUCAAAGCACGCUGUGGAUGAUUGCCAAUGUAAAUGUUAUGAUAUAUAGUAUUUAUUUUUGUAACCUGUAUGUGAAUUUAAUUUAAUAUUUUUUUCUAAAAAAAAGAAAUAAAUGCUCAGUCAUCAGGAACAUAAUGUUUGUUUCAUGAAAUUGUAUUCAUUUAUUCCCAACAGCCAAUUGUCUUCAUCUGGUAGCGUUUGGUGGAUGUUAGAUUUUUUUGGUCCAAUCAGAUUUCAGCUUUUGUGUGUUGCCAUGUCAAUUUAAUCUGCCCGGGGCCUUCAAAGUUAGUACUGCUGGCCCAUGGAACUUCAACGACACUACGUUUCAAAUUAUUUUUUUUCAGAUUUUCCCACAUGUUCUAUGCAAAUGACAGUCAGCAUAAUUUCAGUCAUCAACUGUUAAGGGUAUAAUUUGAAGUUUUUUAACCAAUCCUCCAAAUGAUAACAGUAUCUUUUUUUUUAGAUAAAAACUUAAAUGGG